CACUAAAUUUAUAGCAUGUUUUUGACAUCCCUGGAGGCAUACAAUCCACAGACAACCAGUUACAAUCAGAAAUCUAGGUGUGGCCAACAAUUUUCACUUUACUCUCUUGUUUGUAAAGUUCAGUUGUGUACGGUGUGGUCCCGCAGCUCUUUUGUGAGGAGUAUAUUGGCAUCAAAACGAAGGCUACAAGCACAUGACAAAAUGGAUAAGAAAAAGUUUUUGCUUGGAGUCCUUUUACUGGCCAUUUGUUGGAAUCAGUGCCUAACACAAAAUGCUAAACUGUGCUCUGACUGCAACUCCAAUGCUGUUUGUACUACUAAAACCAAUUAUGUUACAUGCAGCUGCAAGACUGGCUUUGCAGGAAAUGGUAUUAACUGCACAGAAAUAGUGUUUUGUAGUAGUGUUUCAUGUUGCCCUCCUGGAUACCAGUGGAACCAAGGAUCAUUGGCCUGCAGUGAUAUCAACGAAUGUCUGAACCCAUUAAAUUUGUGUUAUCCAGCUACAUGUACAAACAAGGUUGGCAGUUACAUAUGUGGUAGUACUGUUGGAAUGAGCUGCGGAGGAAUUUACUGCCCAAAUGAUCUGGACUGUAUCUAUAUUAAUGGAACUCCGACUUGUGCUGAUCCCUGUAAAUACAGCAAGCAGCUGGAUGGAGCAAGCAGGCUAUAUACUAUCAAUUCCACUGGAGUAUUCCCCACUGACCAGUUCAACAUUGGAUGGUUCCAUUAUACACCAGGUUUCAAGAUGAAGGAAGGUUGCAUAGGACCUCUUAAAUGUGGCUCUGCUGGACCUUUCACUCUAUCCAGCCACCCAAAUAUAGGGGAUGGCAUAAAGUUGAAGUCUACUAUAGUUAACACAGUCACAGGGUGCAUACCUGGAUCAUCUAUACCUGUGAAAGCAUGUGAUGGAUUCUAUGUCUACAAGUUUCUGGGGACCUUAUGGUCAGAAGUCUAUUGUUCAGACAUAUCUGCAGCAACAACAACUUUAACGACUACGACAACCACAACAACAUCACCAGCUACAACAACUACACCCACAACCUCUACAACAACAACUACACCCACAACCACUGCACCCACAACCACUACAACAACCACUGCACCCACAACCACUACAACAACCACUGCACCCACAACCACUACAACAACCACUGCACCCACAACCACUACAACAACAACUACACCCACAACUACUACAAUCACUACACCCUCAACCACUACACCCACAACCACUAUGCCAAUAACCACAACUACCCCUUUAUUUAUUAGUUCAGCCACGCCAGCCACAUCACAUUCCCAAUUCUCAGCAUCAUUACCAUUACUUUCUUCAUCUACCGGUGAAUUAAAUAUCCCAGCCACAAGUAACCCAUCACCAACUACUUUAAAGUCAUCAACAGCAACUACCAAUUUUACCACUCAAUCCCAUAAUUUGAACACAUCAACAACAUCAUCUUCACCCAAAACUCCAUGUGCCAACAUAACUUCCCAGCCUAUUACAAUACCAGUAUCACAGCCGUAUCCAGAAGAGAACAUAACCAUUACCCAUGUCAGCAGCAGAAGUAUACUGACUGUCAGAAUUGUAAGCCAAAAAACUGAAGACAUAGAUACAAAGAGUCUAGAGAUAAAUGAGACAACCAUUGUGAAUAUAGAGGUAAAGACAAUUACCCCAAAUAACAUCUACACAAAAACAACAACUUCUGUCUCCCCUACAUCCAUCCUUAUUCAUGUGGCUGGCAGUGCCCCUGAGUCAUUAGCUGACCGGCCAGACACUAUAGUGACCAGCAGUGAAACCACAACACCUAACACAGAGAUAUUUCAGCCUGAUUCUUACUGCAGUCAACCUGCCCAAACAAAAACAACUACGGAAACGUCCUCAACUGCUGGAAACCGAUGUUCAAGCAUUGUCUCAGCAACCACCACCACCACCAUUACCACAACGGAGGAAAUUAUUGUUCUGGGCCCUCGUGGAUUCUCUGCCAGCUGUACCCAUUAUUAAUUCUUGCAAACCUCAUUGUCUUUAAUAUAUGUUUUCUUGAUAAUACUGUAGAUCUUUAUACACUGUCUUUUAUAUGUUAUUGUAUUUCUAUAUGUCUGUUAGCAAAAUAAUUGACCAUCCAACUGAUGUGACCAGAGUAUUGAUUGUAAAAGAGCAAUGUUUUUUUUUAGUAAAAGCAAUUCUACAAUACUUUAGCACUUCCGAUAUUAACAUUUGCAUUUGUGUGUCUAUAUGCAAGUUAUUACAGAUGUUUGUGGUAAUAAGCGACAGCAACAUUAAAGGACUAAAAUUAAAUUCCCAGCCAAACGAUUAUAUGUGAUACUGUGCCCAAUGAAUCCAAAUGCUAACAGGUGGGGGCCUCACCCACCUAAAACCAUUUAUAUAAAUGGCAAUGGCAGCUGAGUUUUCCAGAUAAGGGAUUUUUCUGUAAUUUCAAUCACGAUCCCUGAAAGCAGAAGUAAAGUUAAAAUCACUGGGGAGGUACCAGAUGUGACCUCCAAGCGAUUAUUGUCACUUACAUGAUACCCAGGCAGGUGCUCCUGUUAGCAGAAAACUGCACUGGAGCGGGAUACUUCUGCAAGCAUACCAUGGAGCAAUUGUCUUCUUCUGCUUCUUCAUUCUUCUGUUGCCCAGGGCCAACGCAUGUAUGAUAGAGUGAAAAAGCCACUGUUGCUUAAAGUUCAGCGUUUCAAUGUUCAAAGAAGAAGGAAGAAGCAGAAAAAAGGUCACAAUGUGGUUCUCAGUCAGAGGUACCCCAGGCCGGUACGGUUUUCUGCUAACAUGAGCACCAGCCCGGGGUAUCAGGUAAGUGAUUUUGAUCACUGGAGAAAGCCUAACUUUUCUUGUACUUUUAGGGGCACAUUUACUAAUCCACGAACGUCCGAAAAGGGUCCGAAUGCGUUUUUUUUGUAAGGAU